AUGGGCAAGAAGUACCUGUUGUUCAUGGUGCAGGUGCACGUGAACUUUCGGAGGGCGGAGCUGGAGUCGCUUGCGGAGCUGCACGGCGUGAAGGUGGACUUCUCAUCUUACCGCGAGGACUCGCCGUUCAUGGUGGUGGAGCUGGAGGGCGAUGAGCAGGCGCGUCAGUGGAUACGCCGGGCGAUUCUCUGUAGGGCGAUCUACGAGUACUGGGGGGAGGGUGCGGACUACGCGGAGCUGCACGCGAGCGUCCGCGGCAACGCGGACGUGGCGGCCUACACGGCGGCAUGUCGGGAGUCUACGUUCAAGUUCGAGUUCGAAUCAUACGGCGGCGCGGGCAACGGGCGGUUUGACCGGGUGGCGCAGAUCGAGCAAUUUGCAUACCUGGGGCUGGAGGGUAAGAUCCGGCUGAAGGCGCCGCAGGAGACGUUCACGGUGGUGGAGCGGUACGAGAACGUGACGGAGAACAUUGGAGGCGAGAAGCCCGUGCAUCUGUACUUCGGGCGGCUAGUGCAGCGCAGCGACAGACUGCAAGGCGCGCUGGAGAAGUACGACCUCAAAAAGCGGCCAUACAAGGGCACGACGAGUUUCGAGGCGGAGCUGUCGCUAGUCAGCGCCAACAUCGCGCAGGUGAAGCCCAUGCACCUGAUGUACGAUCCGUUUGCCGGGACAGGGUCGUUUCUUGUGGCGGGCAGCCACUACGGCGCGCUUGUCGUGGGCUCGGACAUUGACGGAAGGAUGAUCCGCGGGAAGGGCAGCCAGACCAUAGGGGCCAAUUUCCGGCACUAUGGCGAAUCGCACCGCUUUCUCGACGUGCUGACGAUGGACUUCACGCAUAACGCACUGCGCGAGGGCCUCCCGGUGGACACGAUCCUGUGUGAUCCGCCGUACGGAAUACGUGAGUCGAUCAAGGUCCUCGGCGCGAGGGAGCCCGAGCGGUUUCGCGGCAAAGAAGACGUCGAGAUCGACGGCGUGAAGGCCUACCUGCGUCCCGACUACAUCCCCACCAAGAAGCCAUGCUCGCUGGACGCGAUGCUGGACCAGCUUCUCCAGUUUUCCGCGGAGCGGCUGCCAAUCGGUGGGCGGCUAGCGUUCUGGAUGCCCACCGCAAACGACGAUAACGUCGAAACUAUCGUUCCUCUGCAUCCGAACCUGGAGCUCCUGUAUAAUUGUGUGCAAGAGUUCAACAAGUGGUCCAGAAGGCUUCUGGUGUACGCCAACAGGGGUCCCGACUUUAACGGGCCGACCAACAGCGGCGCCCAGAGAACUAAAACUAAGUUUAGAGACCGCUAUUUCAGUGGAUUUAACUAA